AUGGCUCAAGAAGAAACUGCACUUUUAGCAAAGGAUUUCUCAAUUAACACUUCAAUUCAAGAUGAUGACAAUAUUGAUAAUCAAGAUAACAUGCAAACAAGCAGUGAUGAAGCACAAAAAGAUGUUAAUUUGCCAAGUAAGAAAUCUAAAUGGUGGAGAUUUCUAAUUGUUUAUGCAUUGACAUGUAUUAUGGUCAUUGCUAGAAGUUGUGAUACUGUUUUAUAUGUGAGAUUAACAUAUGAAAUUCAAAAUUACAUUACUUCCCAAAUUAAGUAUGUAAUCAUGGCCUUCCUAGAUAAUGCCACAAACACACUCCAAACCAUUCCAGCAGCCUAUGUCAGUGGUAGUCUCAAUACCAUGCUCAGUCAAUCCGUAAUUCUCAUUAACAUUAUCAUGAGUUUCACAUUCCUCCACACUCGUUACAAUACUUUUCACUUUUCAGGAGUUUUACUUGUUUUAUGUGGUUUGAUAAUUAAUUUAUAUCCAGUUUUUGCACAGGAAGAUGCAUCUAGUAUUGCUUCAUCAUCAUCUAUGGAUUGGUUGUGGAUUUUACUUUUAUUUUGUUCCAAUAUUCCACAAGCAGCAAGUAAUGUAUAUAAGGAAAAAUGUUUAAAAAAGGAAAAAUUGGAUGUAUGGUUAGUUAAUUAUUGGGUUUCAGUUUGGCAAGUUUUAUUUGGUAUUAUUACAUCUGUAUUUGUUUUUGUACCAAUUCCACAAACAGUUUCAAUUUCAUGGUCUGAUUUAAAUACCUAUAUUUGGAAUGGGAUUAAAUGUAGUGUUGGAAUUAAUUCAAUUGUUGGUGGAUCAUCACCUGAUAGAUGUGAAUCAUUUCCACUUGUUUUCUGGGCAGAUAUAUUCUUUAAUUUUACCUACGCAACCUUAGAAUUAUAUGUUUUCCAAUAUGGAAGUUCAACACUAGCUGUCAUUGCAGCUGUUUCCAGAUUAGCUCUUUCAAAUCUCUUCUUUUUAUUGAAAUUCAUUGCAGGAGAAGCAUUGGAAUCUCAAUUGAGUAUGUUUGAUGUUGUUUCAUUGGUGAUUCUUGUUAUUGGAAUUGUAAUCUAUUCAGUAACUGAAGAAAAGGAAGCAAAUGAAAAUGAUAGAAUUAGAAAAUUUCAAGAUUCUGUAUCAUUGUCAAUUUCCACUGUUGUAAAACCAAAAAUGGAAAUUAUCAAAAGGGUUUUGAAUAGAUUUUGGACAAUGUAUCAAAAAGAAACAUCAACAGUUGAAUAA